AUGCUUGUCGCGGCGCCCCCUGGGCGCCGUCCCUGCUCGUCGCGGCGCACCCUGGGCACCGUCCUUGCUCGUCGCGGAGCCCCCUGCCGCAGUCGCGGCCCCGCCCUGCAGCAGCUGCCGCGGAGCCCCCCUGCCGCCGUCGCGGCCCCGCCCUGCAGCAGCUGCCGCGGAGCCCCCUGCAGCAGUCGCGGCCCCGCCCUGCAGCAGCUGCCGCGGAGCCCCCUACCGCCGUUGCAGCCCCGCCCUGCAGCCGCUGUCGCGGGCCGCCGUCGUGCGCCUGCCCUGCCGCCGCCCACCGAGCGCCGGCCCUGCUCGCCCGGUGAGCGCCUGCCCUUCCUGCCCCUGCUGGAAGGGGAGGAGGUGCGGUGUUGGCCCGAAGGGGACGGCCGGGGGAGGGGGAGUAGCGGGGUUGGCAGCUCAUGUGCUGCCCCGUUCUGCCUGUGUGCUGCCCCGUUCAGCCCUUGUGCUGCCUCGUUCUGCAUGUGCUGCCCCGUUGUCCCCCCCGUGUCCUGCCCCGUUCAGGCCGUGUCCUGCCCCGUUCUGCCCGUGUUGCCUCGUUCAGCCCGUGUCCUGCCCCGUUCUGCCCGUUUGUGUCCUACCCUUGCUGUCUGUACCCGUUGGUGCCCCACCCGUGCUGUCAUUUCUCGCUCGUGCCCCACCCGGUCUGUGCUGCCCGGUCUUGUGCUGCCCGUCACCCCCGUGCGGCCCGUCCCGUACAGCACCUAG